GAAGAACGUUCUAAACAGAGUGUAAAGUUUAAAUCAAAAAAAGGCCCGCACACACACUCUCCACUUUUCCCUUGAUAUGCAUCGGGAUUUUGAUUCCAGAUUGCACUCUCAAGCACCCUCAACGGUUAAAGGGGGAACAAGAAUUGUCAAAUCCGCUUAACGCCAAAGUGAAAGAAAGCAUGCGUUGCAGAGUCACCCAGGGUGCAAUUAAUGCAAUAACGUUGCUCAGCCAAAUUGAUGCGUGCGCGCCUGGCAAAGUGGAGAUCUAUGCGAUUGCCAUUUAGACAACAUUCUUCUUCUUGGUCAUCAUCUCGAUACUUACACACUACAAACAUGGUCAGAGCAACAUUGAUUAGACUGGCCACAGCAAGCGCUGGUGAAAGCUCAAAGUCAACAAGAGGCUUAUAUGAAUCACUAAGUGAAGUAGGAGCACUUUGGCCAAGGGAUGCAAUAAGACCAGAAACUUCAUUCGGUCAAUCGAUCGUUAGAGCAUCAGAAAGAGCACUGACAAACCCUUCACCAGAUGCUGCUCCACCACCACAAACAGCUUCAAGUCAAGGUGUACCAACACGAAUCAAUACGAAACAACUUCAAUUUAGACAAUUGGAAAAAGGAGAAGAAGAAAAGGUAAAACAAGCUCUGAAUGCUUUAAAUCAAAUCAGAAAUGGUUCAGCUUCUAAAGAGUAUCCCGUCCCAGAAAGCGCUUUGAGACCUGCUUCCAAUCCAAUCUACUAUGAACGUCUAGCAAAGAUGUUAGCACAAGCCGCAAAAGGCAACAAGACAACUAUGACGUUUGCUCAAAGAGUUCGUCUAUUCUUCGGCUUGUCAAUCUAAAGACAGCAGGAGCUCCUAUUGUAUACUAUUCAGAAAAGCCAAUACAUUCACACACCAAUCACAUUAGCACGCUUUGUGAAUUAUCAUUGGACAUAAUCGGUAUUCAUU